GUUUGCCGAUCAUGUGCAUGCAGAGUGGCUUCGAUGCAUGAGCGCUUCCUCAGUACCUUUACGAUGUCGACGACCACACUAGAACCAUCCAAAUGGAAACAUCUUCCUCCACCUCCAGGAUUUGCGCAGACACCAGUUGCAACUAAGACCUCAGGCAAGGUGUCGUCAUCGUCAUCAGCAGCCUCAUAUGCCGCUCUGAAAGAAAAGCGAGCAUGGGACUUUGCUAUCUCACCUGCGAAGUCUCUCCCUAUGCAGGCGUUCAUGCUGUACAUGUCAGGAGGAGGGGUUCAGAUCUUUAGCAUGGGUAUUGUAUUCAUGCUGCUCUCGAGCCCGUUCAAGAACCUUGCUGCCAUUAACUCUGCGUUCGCACCUUUUGCACCGACGCCAUCGAGCCAUGACAAGACCGCUUCACAGGUUGACCCUAAGGCUUUUACAACACUGCCGCUACAAAAGAUUGUAUAUAUCAUAUGCAAUCUGCUUACGCUUGCGCUCGGUCUUUGGAAGUGUCGGUCAAUGGGGUUGUUACCUACAGGAACGGGUGACUGGCUGGCAUUUGAGACUCGGGGUUCGCCCCCAGAGAUUGUUCUGUUGUAGAAGAAAGACAGUUUAUCCUGUACCUUCUUCUCGCGCAAUACUUACGACGAUGUUCACCGAACAUUCACAUCGGAGGAUACCCAUGUCAGCUGUGUUGUACAUUUUGUCAUUCUAUUGUACAAAAUGUUCUUAAAGUGGUAUAUGUCCUUCAACAGUCC